CGCAGCGGAUCCGUUUUUCUUUGUCGACGAACGAGCAUUCCACACUGGGUCGAGCUCGCCGUCGGACGCCGUUCACCUUCUUCAGCGCUGUGUGGUUGCGCUUGCGCAAGCAUUGAAGAAAGCUCGAACCCUAGGUCCUUGUCUACUCGCAAAAUCCGGUAUUUGUGAUGCUUGAUCUGAUGAAUGACUUGGCGCAAGUUGUAUUUGACAACUUAGAAGCUUGAAUUUAAAAUUGCAAUUCUUCGGUGGCUUGGAGGAGUUUGCAGAAUCAAUAGGCUUACCAAGUCAUCUUGGCCAUUCGUCAAAGUGUUUGGAGCACAAAUUUAAAGGAGACAGUGGCAAUUGAUAAGUCACAAGAAACAUCACAUAAGAAGACAUUAAGAAUUAGUUAAUACCAUCAAUGACUCUAUUCAUGGACAGCUUUAGUGGCAACUAAUGAGGUGGUUUCCUUGGCAGCCAUUCUGGAAAAGGGAACACACAUAGAAGUUUCAUUUAUUAGUCUAGGUGUGUGUUCUUAUAUAUGUCUAGUGCAAAUGAUUUUUACACAUUCUAGUGGAGCAAUGCUAUUUCUUAAAUUAUACUCCACUCUUUCACAUUCUCUGGAUAAUUUGUCCUCUAUUACUUCCAGAACCUUUCUUCCUCUGCUCUCUACUGUCUCUUCAACUAAAUCCUCAAAGGAACGCAUUCUUGUACUUGAUUACCUAAGUUCAAACUUCAAAUUCUCAAAAACUCAGUCCAGCUAUAUCUCAGAACGAGUUUUUCAUGCUAGGCGCCCUCAACAACCCUUCAUCGUGCUGAAUUAUUUUCAAAAGAUUGGAUUUACUGAAGCCCAUAUUCAAUCUAUGGUAUGUCGAACACCCCAAAUACUAUUUUCUGAUAUUGAUAAAACCCUGGAGCCAAAAGUUGAGUACUUUCAUCAACUGGGCUUUGCUGUUUCUGAGCUGGGAAAGUUCCUAUCCAAGAAUUCAACUCUUUUGAUUUCGAGUUUGAAUAAAACCUUGGCCCCCUCUGUGGAGACUGUUAGGAAAAUUGCUUGCAAUGAGAAAGAUCUUGUUAGACUGUUGCACAGAACUGGCCGGGUACUUCUAAGUCACAAAAAAAUUUUGCGCAGUGUUGCCUUCUUUCAGAGUUGUGGGAUCGUUGGGUCUCAGCUUUUAUAUCUAUUCGAAAGACAAUCUCUGCUUUUCACCAAACCGGAGUCUCUGCUUCAAAACCUUGUUUCACGGGCUGCAGACCUCGGUUUCCAUGUAAAUUCAAGAAUGUUAGUGCACGCAAUCCUUGUUGUCCAUGGUUUGACUGCUGAAGCUUUUGAAAGAAGGGUGAGUUUAAUUCAGAGUUAUGGGUUUUCCAAAGAUGAGAGCUCACAAAUGCUCAGAAGAGCUCCAUUUUUGCUUCGAUCAGCUGAGGAGAAACUAAAGUUUGGAUUUGAAUUCUUCUUGAAUGCAGUUAUGCUACCUAAGUCGGUGCUUGUUCAAAGACCUAUGAUUUUGAUGUAUAGCAUGGAAGAUAGGGUGAUUCCUCGGUACAGAAUUUUGCAGCUGUUAAUCUCUGAAAAUUUACUUAAGAAGAAUCCAAGUUUCGUUGAAAUGUUAGAAAUGCGUGAGGAUAUGUUCUUGAAGAAGUAUAUUUUGAAGUUCAGAUAUAAAGCAGAGACUUUAUUACUGGCUUACAAAAGUCACCAUCUUGAAGAUUUUUCUUGAUACCAACAUCUGAGCUUGAAACCGAAGGUUAAGCCUCUCAAGACUUAGGUGAGUUAUCUUGAAGAUGCUUCUACAUAGUCUUCCCCACAAUAUCUAGUUUUGAUGUUUAUUUUAAUAUAUACUUUAGUCCAACAAUUUUCUUCUUGAGGGCUAGGGUAUGGGAGGAGAAUAGUGACAUGAAGCAAUUUGGAAUCUUGUGACAGAUAUAUACAUUAAGCUUAUGGUAACUGUAUAGUUUUCUUUUCCUCACUGAUAGUGUUCAAGUUUUGAAUUUGUUAACUAGAGAAAAUAUGGCUGAUCAUCCUUACUAUGAAAUUAGAGAAGAAACCAGGAUUAUUGUGAACGGAGAGGGCCUGUUUUGCUGAAA